AUGAUUUCAAACAGCACGUUGGAUCUCUCGCAGGUGUACCUGAACUCCGUCCGGCGGUUGGUCAACAGUAACGUCGCAUUGAACAUCCUCACCUGGUUGGUUCUUGUCUAUAACUUGGCAAACGUGGCUUCCUUACUGUAUCGGUACCACAAACAAUCCAAAGGUGGAUUUGUGACCCAGCGGAUUGGCACCUAUGCCGACUUGAGGACCCAUAUUGCAUCGACGGUUCUUUCGCUUUCGCUUUUGGUCAACUACCAUUUUGAAACCCACUCAACCUCGCAUUUCCUCGUUAAUUUUGCCACCUUCCCUCUACAAAUGACCCUUGUGAUCUACCUCGUGUUCCGCACCGUUUACCAUACCAUUUCUCCGCUUCCAGUAUUCAGCCAGGAGCAUGUUUCCAGCAAGAUCCGGUUCUGGAUCCAGGCAUCACUUCCCUUGGCUUUCAUCGCGGUUUCAAGUGUCAUGAUCAUUAUCUACAAAGUAGCCUGUGAUUAUUCCCCUAUUAGAAUGGUGUCUCCGGGCGAAUGUUCCACCUUGGCAGACGGAGAUGAGAUCUGCACUCCUGGGAAGACGCUUGAGCUUUCCAGCAUUCAAGUGUUGCUAUUCCUUCUCUUAGUGCAGCUCGUAAGCGAUGUGUGGUUGUUUGUGCGUUUGAUCACAAUCAAGGUUCCGCUUGAGGAUGAAGUGGUUACAAGUAAGUCCAAAAGUUUUGCCAUGGUGAUUUUGACCUUUCUCACAAUCAACAUUAUGUUAAGUUGUCAAAUCUGUUUGGUGUUCUUUGAUCUCAACCUCGUGACAUACUCCCAACUUCUCCAUGUCACAUCUGUAAUGGAGUACUGGGAUGAUAUGGUGAAUAUGAAGGUCUUGUAUGUGUUUGUGAUCAAUGUCUUCCAGUUCUCAUUAAUGAGCUUAUUGCCCUUGGUGAUGGAUUUAUUCAUCAACAAGCGCAUGAAGUAUGGUUUCAACGAGACUUCCAAAUAUACCGGACCCAAGAAAGUUCGGUUCGCCGACGUUUAA